AUGGACCCGCAUUCAUGUCCUUGCACCAAAAGUGAAUUGGACUUAUUUAGUACCGUUUUGACCCAAUUAGCUGACGAUAAUACAUCGGAAGUUAUAGUCCAUCCUGUUGCGACAAUUUUGGAUAGUCGCGCGCCAAUCGAAUUUUAUGUAUCCGGCUCUGGAGAAAAUUAUAUUGACUUGCAUUCAAUUUAUCUGCACGUUCAAGCAAAAAUUGUAAAGAAAGAUGGAACAGAUAUUCCCGCAGAUGAAAAAGUAGCCCCUAUUAAUUAUUUUUUGAAUAGUUUGUUUUCUCAAUGCAGUGUUUUUCUGAACGACAAACAAGUAAUUUCGCAAGUUAAUUAUUCCUAUCGAGCAAUUUUAGAAGCCUUAUUAUUUUAUUCAAAAGAACUGCAAAAAACUCAUUUAACAAGUGCAUUAUUUUAUAAAGAUACUGCACAAUAUAUGGAUUCAAUAGAAGAACAUAAUGAAGGAUUGGCUAAAAGAUUUAAUAUUGGUAAACAAAGUAAACUAAUAGAUUUAGUCGGAACACUUCAUAUUGACUUGUCACAUCAACCUAAACUGUUAAUUAAUAAUAUUGAUUUAAGAAUUAAAUUGGAAAUCUAAAGACAAUUUUGCUUUAAUGGCAAAUAAUGAUGAAUAUAAAAUUAUUAUUAAAAAUGCAUCUCUAAAAAUUAAUAAAGUAGACGUAAGUUCAUCUGUUCAAAUUGGAAGAGAAAAAGCAUUGCAAACAGGUAUUAUAAAAAUGCCAUUCCGCAGAACUGAUAUAAAGGUCUUUACUUUAAGUAGUGGAAUUCAGUCUACAAAUAUAUCAAAUGCUGUUAUUGGUCAGCUACCUUAUAGAAUGACGAUCGGUUUAGUUUCUAAUUCGGCAUUUAACGAAAAUGUAAAAUAUAAUCCUUUCAAUUUUAAAAA